AUGCAUAGCUGCAAGGUUAUAUACGACGAACAAGUGAUAACUAAAGUAUGUUGCAAAGGUUACAAGCGGCUGAGGACGACACAACUGAAGUGCGAGCCAAUAUGCAAGGUAGCAUGCAGAAGUGGCACCUGCACGCAGCCAAAUGUGUGCACCUGCAAUAAAGGCUAUGUCAAUUUCAACAACGAUCGAUCGAACCGAUGUGAGCCCUUCUGCCAGGGCUGUGAUAAAGGAACCUGCCAGUCUCCUGGCCGUUGCAUCUGUUCCAAUGGCCACCAGCUAGACAAAAAAACCAACAACUGCAUUCCCCAAUGUGCCAGUGGUUGUCCCAAUGGCAAAUGCAUAACGCCUAACAAGUGUGCGUGCAACCAAGGAUACACGUUGAAUGACACCACCCAGGUGUGCAUGCCCACCUGCAACGAUAACUGCAAGAGAAACAAUGGGUUCUGUGCUGCGCCCAAUCUUUGCCAGUGUAAUAAAGGUUACGUUCCAAAACCCAAUUCAAAAUCGUUUGCCUGCCAACCCGUCUGCGAAAGUGGCUGUGAAAAUGGCGUUUGCCGAGCUCCUGGAGUCUGCGAGUGCAAUAAAUUUUAUCGAAAAGAUGCUGAUAAGAACUGUGCUCCCAUCUGCGAUGAAGGUUGCCUAAACGGAAAAUGUACCGCACCAGACGUAUGCACAUGUAUGGCGGGAUACACGAAAAUCGGGGACAAUGUCUGCGUUGCCAUUUGUACGGCGGGUUGCAAGAACGGAGUCUGCGUGGCGCCGAAUGUUUGCUCGUGCGACGCAGGGUACGAAAUGCGCGAAGAUGUAUGUACUCCAGUAUGCAAGGAUGGUUGUGAGAACGGAUCCUGCGUGGCGCCCGGCGAGUGUUCUUGCAACGAGGGAUACGUCAAGUUAGGAAACAAGUGUGUUCCCGAUUGUAAAGGCGGCUGCAAGAACGGAUUUUGUGCCUCUCCAGGAAAGUGUUCUUGUAAUAAAGGAUACAGCAAGGAAUCGAAUUCUACUUGCUCACCAGUUUGCACGAAAGGAUGCGAGAAUGGCUUCUGUGCUUAUCCAGAGAAGUGUUCCUGCAAUAACGGAUAUGAAAUGGAUAGUGGCAGUGAGAACAGGUGUGUUCCAGUGUGCACAGGUGGAUGCGAGAACGGAUACUGUGCUUCUCCAGAAAAGUGUUCCUGCAAUAACGGUUUUGAAAUGGAAACUGGAAGUGAGAACAGCUGUGUUCCAGUGUGCACAGGUGGAUGCGAGAACGGAUACUGUGCUUCUCCAGAGAAGUGUUCCUGCAAUAACGGAUUUGAAAUGGAAAGUGGUAGUGAGAACAGGUGUGUUCCAGUGUGCACAGGUGGAUGCGAGAACGGAUACUGUGCUUCACCAGAAAAGUGUUCCUGCAAUAACGGAUUUGAAAUGGAAAGUGGUAGUGAGAACAGGUGUGUUCCAGUGUGCACAGGUGGAUGCGAGAACGGAUACUGUGCUUCUCCAGAAAAGUGUUCCUGCAAUAACGGUUUUGAAAUGGAAACUGGAAGUGAGAACAGCUGUGUUCCAGUGUGCACAGGUGGAUGCGAGAACGGCUUCUGUGCUUCUCCAGAAAAGUGUUCCUGCAAUAACGGAUUUGAAAUGGAAACUGGUAGUGAGAACAGGUGUGUUCCAGUGUGCACAGGUGGAUGCAAGAACGGAUACUGUGCUUCUCCAGAAAAGUGUUCCUGCAAUAACGGUUUUGAAAUGGAAACUGGAAGUGAGAACAGCUGUGUUCCAGUGUGCACAGGUGGAUGCGAGAACGGCUUCUGUGCUUCUCCAGAAAAGUGUUCCUGCAAUAACGGAUUUGAAAUGGAAACUGGUAGUGAGAACAGGUGUGUUCCAGUGUGCACAGGUGGAUGCGAGAACGGCUUCUGUGUGUCUCCAGAGAAGUGUUCCUGCCAUAGCGGAUUUGAAAUGGAAAGUGGUAGUGAGAACAGGUGUGUUCCAGUGUGCACAGGUGGAUGCGAGAACGGAUACUGUGCUUCACCAGAAAAGUGUUCUUGCAAUAACGGAUUUGAAAUGGAAAGUGGUAGUGAGAACAAGUGCGUUCCAGUGUGCACAGGUGGAUGCGAGAACGGCUUCUGUGUGACUCCAGAGAAGUGUUCCUGCCAUAACGGAUUUGAAAUGGAAACUGGAAGUGAGAACAGGUGUGUUCCAGUGUGCACAGGUGGAUGCGAGAACGGAUACUGUGCUUCACCAGAGAAGUGUUCCUGCAAUAACGGAUUUGAAAUGGAAAGUGGUAGUGAGAACAGAUGUGUUCCGGUAUGCACAGGUGGAUGCGAGAACGGCUUCUGUGCUUCUCCAGAAAAGUGUUCCUGCCAUAACGGAUUUGAAAUGGAAACUGGUAGUGAGAACAGGUGUGUUCCAGUGUGCACAGGUGGAUGCGAGAACGGAUACUGUGCUUCACCAGAGAAGUGUUCCUGCCAUAACGGAUUUGAAAUGGAAACUGGUAGUGAGAACAGGUGUGUUCCAGUGUGCACAGGUGGAUGCGAGAACGGAUACUGUGCUUCUCCAGAGAAGUGUUCCUGCCAUAACGGGUAUGAAAAGGAAAGUGGUAGUGAGAGCAGGUGUGUUCCAGUGUGCACAGGUGAAUGCGAGAACGGAUACUGUGCUUCUCCAGAAAAGUGUUCCUGCAAUAACGGUUUUGAAAUGGAAACUGGAAGUGAGAACAGGUGUGUUCCAGUGUGCACAGGUGGAUGCGAGAACGGAUACUGUGCUUCACCAGAGAAGUGUUCCUGCAAUAACGGAUUUGAAAUGGAAACUGGAAGUGAGGACAGAUGUGUUCCAGUAUGCACAGGUGGAUGCGAGAACGGAUACUGUGCUUCUCCAGAGAAGUGUUCCUGCCAUAACGGGUAUGAAAUGGAAAGUGGUAGUGAGAACAGGUGUGUUCCAGUGUGCACAGGUGGAUGCGAGAACGGAUACUGUGCUUCACCAGAGAAGUGUUCCUGCAAUAACGGAUUUGAAAUGGAAACUGGAAGUGAGAACAGAUGUGUUCCAGUAUGCACAGGUGGAUGCGAGAACGGAUACUGUGCUUCUCCAGAAAAGUGUUCCUGCAAUAACGGAUUUGAAAUGGAAAGUGGUAGUGAGAACAGAUGUGUUCCAGUAUGCACAGGUGGAUGCGAGAACGGCUUCUGUGCUUCUCCAGAUAAGUGUUCCUGCCAUAACGGAUAUGAAAAGGAGAGUGGUAGUGAGAACAGGUGUGUUCCAGUGUGCACAGGUGGAUGCGAGAACGGAUACUGUGCUUCUCCAGAUAAGUGUUCCUGCCAUAACGGAUAUGAAAUGGAAAGUGGUAGUGAGAACAGGUGUGUUCCAGUGUGCACAGGUGGAUGCGAGAACGGCUUCUGCUUUUCUCCAGGCACUUGCAGUUGCAAUGAUGGUUUCUUCUUGUCUGAAGAAACGGGACGUUGUCUGCUCGAUAUGACAGAACGCAUGACGGCAAACUGUGAACAGAUAUGUUGGAAUGGAACCUGCCUAGAAGGAAUGUGCACGUGUGAGGAAAAUUACAAGCUGCACCAAGCUGAAGAGGAUAAUCAGAGGCUUUUAUGUCUGCCAAUAUGUGACCCCGUAUGCAUCAACGGAUACUGUGAAGCGCCAGGGACCUGUAGCUGUUUUGGUGGUGGAAGUCCUGAAAAUGGAUAUUUUUGCCAAUUUAUGGAUUUAUUCGGCGCAUUGGAAACAUCCCCCAAUAAGGGCAAUACCGUUGAGCAUUUGAAGUGGUUAUUUAUUACGACCGGUAUUAUAGCCUUUUUCUUGGCUGUGGUGAUCGCCAUGAUGAUGAUGUAUAUUUUCAAAAAACGCAGCUACUAUGUGGACAAAAACGAAAGGAAAUUGGGCGUCUAUUUUUCUCGGAAUAAAGUGGAUAUAAUUCGAGCGUGAUCUUAAACUAAAAACCAUUAAUAUUCUCAUUAUUCAUUAAAGGUUAUAAAUAUGCUUUAGAAA